AUGCAAGCUCAGCUGCAAAAUGUCGCUAUGGGCGAUGAGAACGUGACACAGACCCUUACGCCAAACAGGCUGUUCGGGUUUGGUGUGCAGUCGGAUCUUGACUUCAGUGCGCUUGACCUCAGCUUCCUUGAUACAUACAACACGAGAGUUCCCUUUGAAUUCGAAAUUCGAAGCCUACAUACACCCGAACAAGACACAAAUUCGCCCGAACAUCAUCAGAUGCAAAACCCAGACGGAAGGAAUAAGACAACUUUGAGGGAAGCUCAGAAGCAGUCCACUUGGCGCUUUGUUCCUGUCCCUACCGAUAGCAGAUUUGCAGAACAUGCCAAUCUUUCCCUCCCAAAUCAGGAUACCAUGGUAGAUAGUCCCCAAAGUUUCGGGGACUUGCCUCAACGGGCAACAAAAGAAAAGCUUGAUCCUGAGUCGCGCGAUAAGAUCCUUGCCGUAGUUCUCAGUCAAAUGCGGACACAUACGAAUAGUCCUCUAUCGGCUUUUCCUUCGGUGGAUCUCCUUGAUAAUUUGAUUCAGUUCUUCCUUGCCAGCUCGGUGCUAAAAGCAAGCUCAUGGAUGCACUGUGCCAGCUUCCACCUGAGACAGGCACGACCGGAGUUACUGUUAGGGAUGGCUGCUUAUGGUGCAGUUCUUACUCCUGAUCAUGCACUCCGCAAGCUUGGAUAUGCCACUCAAGAAAUUGUGCGCAGCCACCUACUGACUGUAUUUGAAGAGGACAACACUCUCAUUCACGACCUUCAACUUCAACAAGCAUUUUUAAUGCAUCUCGAAAUUGGGUUAUGGAGCGGAAAUAGUCGUAAAAUGGAACUUUCUGAAAGUUCUCUACAGCCCUUAUUAACAAUGCUUCGCCGUCGAGGCUUUCUCAAACGAUCAGGCUAUCCGAACUUGACAGUGCUCCCUAACGACGAAGGCUUGGUUUUGGACAAGAAAUGGCGCGAAUGGGUCGGAAGAGAAUCCAGAAAGAGAUUAGUGUAUGCAGUAUGUGCCUACGAUGCGCAAUCUUCUAUAUCGCUUCUGGUGAGCCCACUUGUGUCCUACGCAGAGCUAGACCUCCCUUUACCCGAGUCACAAGAGCUCUGGUCGGCAGUUUCGGCUGUGGAGUGGAAAAGGCUUUAUUGUCAAAGACCUGACCACACGUCUAUGCGUCUCCCUUCACUUAACGACUGUGUUGCGAACCUGGAUCUCCUUGAACUUAACAGAGCCACAAUUGAUUUGAGUCUUUCCUGCUCCGCCAUCUUGUACGCACUAUGGGGGCUGAUAUGGGAAUAUCGUAAGAUAAGCCUGCUGUUCUGCCGUCAACCACGGGUUUGGGAUAGGGGGGUGGCGAUCCUAUCCCGGCAUCAAGAGCUUACCAAGGUCCUAGACUAUUAUCGCAUGAAGUUUGGCGGGGAGAACUUAUUACUCUUAGAGCUGAUCUCGAUGCAUCUGCACAUGUCUCUUGAGGAGAUUCAGCUCUUUGUUGGCCUGGAAGGAAUCGAACAAGCGGAUCGAGUGUACGAAUCGGUGAAGGAAUGGGUAGGGAACAAGACGUCUCGACAAGCUGUAUGGCAUGCCGGCCAGGUUUUUCGCGCCACAAAGUCACUCCCUCCGUUGCAUCUGAGGGAUUUCUACGCCAUCUGCCUUUUUCAUGUAAGCUUGACGUUCUGGGCAUAUGGACUGGCAUCACGAAUGUUCGGUCCCGAUGCCUCUGGUCAGAACACAUCGGAAAGUGCUUCAUUCCGACAUCUUCUAGACCAGAUCAUUUGGUUAGAUGGUGAAGAGACCGCAGCAACCUAUCGAUACAUAUCAUUGGGCAUAGGGAACCCUGGACUGCAAGGUACCCAUCAGCACAGAGCACCCGCACGAUUGAACGAUCUAUCAGCCAUCAUGGACGUUAUCAUUGAAACCAUGAGUAACCAUGACAGAGAACCUCUGCGACCGAAUCCUCCUUUAGUCGAGAAUUUGAUUUCGAUCAUGGAACGACUAAAGAACAUGACUCUCGGUGAUGGUGUCGCUACUACCCCUAAUAGGACUUCUAAUAAUCAAUGAAAUAUCGUUCUAGCUUCUGGUGGU